GUCAACAAAGAUAUCUUAACAUAAACUAGUCUAAACAGCAACUGUGUUGGCCGGCCAAUGACAUUUCCGGUCAGUAACACAUUUGCCAAUGGCUAUUACACAAAGUGUUCACAUUUUCUGUAACAGUCACGUAAAAUCAAAUGUCAAACGACAGAUUUAGAUGACUCAAUUAAAAAUAAUAAUGACAAGGUAAAUGGCUACUGAUGACCAGUUUUUUGGGACGGUUUUGAUUGGCUAAUAAAUUGAAUCACACGGAAAGGGCACGACUGACUAUGAUUUAGGACAGGAAGUAUAUUCUUUUUCAAUAUUCGAGCACUCCCUAUCAUUUUUAAUAUAAAUACCAAACUCAGAAAUUCAUGCUAUCAUAACAAAAAGGUUUCUAGUCUCUUGUGUAUUCGUCUUCAAAUAUUCACAUAAAACAAAUCAUGGAUUUUACAAGAUUUGCUUACUUUGCAAUUCUCUUAACCACGUACAUUUGCACAGCUCAGGCAUAUAAUAGCAAAAAUAAUGGUCUCGGAUUUUUCCCAAGCUUGAUGUCUCCUCAACUGAUAAACAGACAGACGUACAACUCGUAUGUUUAUCCGAACACCGUUCCAGUACCGAACUACAUUAAACCGGUGCAUCCGUUUUUUCCCGCACCCAUGACAGCCACUUCGUACUAUGCACCGGCUCCUAAAAUAAUGUAUCCAGCACUUAUGCCAGUUUCCAGGUUUGGAGCAUACCCAGUUCAUGCCGGGCAUACAGCUUAUAAGCCAUUCAAUAACCACCAAGAUGUUGUAACAAAAUCUGUGCUUACCUCUGUAAUUUUGUCAGAAAUUUUACGCAGAAUAUAAAAAUUACGAAUGACUGAAAGAUGGAAACCGUGGGGAACUGUGAUAUUUAGAUGUUUAAAAAUUAUUAUUAUUUAUUAAUUGUAUGAUGUAAAAUCAUUCAAAAAACCAUAUCUGUAUUGAAUCGUCAUUACAUUAGCUUGAAAGAAUGGAUGUAUAUUUAUUUUUUGUGCAUUGCUAUUUAUUUAAACAAUGAGAUAAGUCAGAAAGAAUGUUUUGUUUUAACUACUAUUAAUAAAUUG